AUGAUUGCACUCAAAUGUAACUGCAAGUCGCUUGUGGCACAAUGUGCAAAUUCAUGGCCUUGUGUGUUGGAGAACCCUGAAAUCAAGCUGGUGAAAGUGUUAGAAUCAGGUAUAAAGCUGACUGCUCCUUCCAUCCCCUCAACCGAUAGGAUCUCCCACCGAAGUGAAUACGCCAAGUACUCUCUCCCCGUCACCGUCCUCAAUUCGCCCAACUUUUCGCAUGCUUCCUCUCAUGGCCACACAGAGUGUGAGAAACUUGCACUUCUUGAAAAUGAACUCUGUGGUGUUUCCGAUGACCUGAUUCGCGAACUAUUAAUCCGAUCAGGACGCCAACACCUGCUGGCCAUACCAAAAGACGUAAACUGUGACCUGCCAUGUGUGUUUAAGAAAGUCACCUUCGCCGAGGUCGAGAUGAUUGAGCAUCGCCUCAAAUGUUAUGUCGAUGAGAUGAUUGAGCGCCGCCUUGAAUCACACAUUCUCAACGAGAUUGUCGAUAGUGCUGUGAGCGAGUGUCGUGAUCAGAUCUACGACAAAUGCAAAACGAACGAAGCCGAAUUUCAUGAACAGGUCGACGAUGGUAACUCCGAGGUACGCAAUACUGCUAAUGAAUAUAUGGAUGAAAUAGAAGAACAGGCGCAAAGGUACAUGCAUGAAAUAGAAGAACAAGCGCAACAGUACAUGAAGGAUAUCGAGGAUCAGGGAAUCAAAUUUGAGAUGUCUGCGAAGAAAAAAGUUACGAAGCUCAAGCAAUGGUUCAAUUUUUCUACUCAGUCCUUACUUGAUAGCAAGUCAAGCCCUAGCCAUGAGCUGGGUACCAAUGCCAGGCGCGGUUCUAUCUAG